CAUUUGCGACGGCAUGGAUGGACCUUGAGGGCAUUAUGCUGAGUGAAACAAGUCAGAAGAGACAAAUACCAGACGAUCUCACUGUAGGAGAUACAUUUUAUAGGACCAGAAAAUGGAUGUCGGAAACUAGACUGUUGUUAGUGUUCUUUUUGUAUUCUUAUUGAAAAGUAACGGAGAUUACAGACACACUGAGGUGGCACCCCUCACGCGUCCUCAGCACAGGGCGAGACCGGGUGUGCCCGAAGCCGGGAGAGAGGCGCAUCCUUCGAGGAGCUUCUGCUGCACAGGCCUCUCCUACUGAGGUCAGACCAGACCUGGGGCAGCCAGGACGCAAGGACCUCCCCCCCAUCGCUCCCCCUGGGGAACACUUUGCACGUGCUCUGGUCUGGGCCCUCCAUGCCAGGAAGGGAAGAGCUGUGCCAGCCGGCCUCGGUGGUCAGCGAGACUCGGGGCGAGUCCUGAGGGACCCGAGGGACCCCAUCCGCCCCUGCUCCGGAGACCCUCCUCGUCCCAUCAGCACCGUGGGUCUCUCCCUAAGGCAGCGCCUGGAGGGGAGCCGGAGCCUGGGCUCGCUCAGCACCUCUUUCCAGCCGGAGAGGGAGCUGAACCUGCUUCCCGAUUCUGAGUUGAGCCCAAAUCUUCUCGGUCCUUAGCCUCGUGUGUCUCCCAUCCCCCCACUUCCCUCUAAAACCUGGGUUCCGCCUCUGCCGUUACAGCGCUCAUGCCCCUCCCCACAUCCUCCUGGUGACCCUAACGCCUGCAGCUGUUAAGAGUCCUCUAAGGAAAAGGCGGCCGGGGACCGCAGCGAGGGUCCCCUCUGAGCGGCAGGCGCCGGCGACCUGCUGUGCAGCUGGUCUCCGCUAGAGGGCGACCGAGGCGCAAGACAGCGGCGCCGCCGGCCGCGGAGAGGGGGGCGCAGGCGCCGGCUUGUUGACACAGCUUUUGUGCCGCAGCCAGCGGUCUCCUAAAAACGCUCUUCAUUGUGAAGAUAAUGAGAAUUCGUUUGCUUUUUUAUUUUACGGAUUGCUUUUAACUUAAUUUUAUGAUUGUGUAAAAUAGUUACAUAAUUCCAAAAUAAACCCUGCCAAACAAGGUGUAUUCGGAGUUCCCCUUCUGCCCCUGCGCUGCCCACCCCAUCUCCUCUCGCCCUCAAGGAGGAAACUCUCUGUUACACCAGUUGUUUUCCCACCGUUUUUCAUCAUUACGAAUACGCGUGUUUACGUCUUUGACACAGCGCGCUGUGCGCACGCGCUACGCCCGGCUGUCCUCGCUUGAACGCGUCCCCCGAGCGCGUCCCUCGCUCCCUCCACGGCCGCCCGAGCCGUCUGGGCGACCCCGCCUGUGGCUGCGACCAUGCUGCGUUUCAUGCUGCACACUGCUCGUCUUUCCAUGUUGUUGCCGGAGUAUCUUCCGACGGCUAGACGUGGGGCUGCGCUGGCUGGACACCGCCGGAUUCCCCAUCAAGUCCCCAUCGUGGAGGUCCUGCUGUUUUGCAUUUCCACGUGUGAGCGCCAGUGUCCUCAAAGCAUGGCCAGCUGUAUGUCACCGAUGUCUUGGAAUACGCCCGCCUCCUGAGUGACACUGGAGGGCCGCCCUGGAUACCGUCCAAGCACACAGCUACCACAUAGUACAGGUUCCAUUAUAAGCACCACGUACUCGUAGACAUGCGAGUCAAUGGAAGUUACUUCUCACCACUAGGGAGAGACACUGAUGUCUCCUCAGCCGUUUGCAUUGUUACAGCUUGUCUCAAUUCCUCAGGAAGGGCUGCUGUCAAGAAUGGUGCACACUGUGUAUGGGGCAGGUGAGCAGCAGCCGAAGGUGCUUCCCAGGCAGCGGGGGAGGGGGGGCAUCUGCUGCACAGCUGCGCCUGGGUAGGUGCGUGCCCUGGCACCACAAGCUCCCUGCGUCUCCCGCUUCUCUCGGCCCUGCUCAGGGUGCAGCGCUACCUGGGAUCCCAGAGGGUGAUGGCAGAGACAGGAGUCACUUAAAGACCCAGGACGAGACAUGCUUUUCUGGGCACAAAUCUGAGUCAGUCCCUUUGAAAACAUGAUUCCUUUGUUACUCUACCUGAGGAGAUGGAGGACCCUGCAAUCAGGGCCUCGGCAGUGCUGCGUACCUAGUGCCGAUCUCACCUAGACCCUGCUUACCUGUCAAGGCAGGCUCUACCAUCCCAAUGCAAAGGAGGCUACACAACUUGAAUGAACCAAAGCCAAGUGCUCAACGUCACACAGCUCCUAUGUGCCCGCGAUUCUGCCUUUGGACUGAUGCCUCCCGCGGGAUUCUGACCACUGAAUAGACAGCUGCGAGUGGGGUGGAGCAUUUGUCACCUCCUCAGCUCCUGGGGCAAGGAGGGCCCAGGGACAAGCCAAAGGUGUCUCUGGGGUCGGUGUGUAUAGUCUAAACCAGAGGCCAGCAAAUCUCUUCUGUAAAGGGCCAGAGAGUAAAUAUUUUAGGCUCUGUAGGCUAAGUGACAAAAUCACACAUAGUAUAUAGGUACUUACUACAUUAAAACAGAAAACAUUUUUCCAUAAAGUUCUGACAAAAUUCAAAAUAUAACUGAGUAUCAUUUUUUUAUAUUACUACUGAAAGAACAGAAUCCUCUUGGGAGGAUGCAAAGCUGGUGUGUGUCCCUUUUAUCAAGCCAAGUGCAAACGUUCCCCUACAAGAACCGUUCUGAGCUUUGACAGGCCCUCUGUAAACAGACAGGAGGAUGGGUCUGGCCCCCGGACCAGAGUUUGCUGACCACUGGCCUAGGCCAGCACUGUCUAACAAAAAGUAUGAAAAAGCUUUCUCACCCAGGUUUCUGCAGAACUGGUCUCCCGCCAAGCCGACAAAACAGAGCAUUUCUUCCCACGAAGGCUACACUCAGAUUAUCGCCAAUGACUGUGGUCAUCUGCUGCCCUCGGUGCCCCGUUCCAAGGCAAGCCCUUGGGGUUCCUUCAUGGGCACAUGGCAGAUGCCUCUGAAGGUGCCCCCUGCUCGGGUGACCCUGACGGCCCGUACAGCUGCUGGCGCUGCUUCCCUCACCAAAUGGAUACAGGAAAAUCCUGACUUACUCAAGGCCUCCAAUGGGCUGCGCCCGGAAAUCACGGGCAAGCCGCAUGGUCCAGACAGUCCGAAGAGGCCCAAGAAGUUGGUACAGCUAGCACCAAGCCCGGCCAUACUUCUCAGCUCCCCAGGCUCAAAUCUCAACUCCCCAGAUCAGAGGCGAAGCUCACACCCCUCUGCGGGUCACACUCCAGGUCCCCCAAGCCCAGCCAAGUGUCCUAACGCCCCCCACUCCCCACCCCUGGAAGCCUUCUCACGCUAGGACACUGGGAAGGUCCAAAUCUAGCUGACGUCCAGGAAUGCAAACCUGGGAUUCCAGAAAGGACCGAGGGGCCCCACUGAGAUAACCUGUCUAGAGGUUGAGGGAAGUAAGCCAGACCCCCGUCAGGGGAAUUAUGGGGUGAGAAUAAAGACCAAUUUGGAAAAUAAACAUCAUUUGUUAUUUGUUGCAUCUUUCACCGAUUUGGGCUUUUUCCCUCCACUAUGGCUGCCUCUUGUAACCCAUAACCAGGAGGAGGGCUGGGGAGACAGAGUAGGGAGAAGAGGCAGAGGGUUGGGGAGCAACACGUUUUUACAAGGACUGAGUCAGAAGUUACGCUGCAGACACGACCAAGACGUCGAUCUGAAUCACCCUCACCCUCAUUUUUCAUCCUGAGCACACACACCAAGGUCAGAAGGGCAGUCGUCAGCAGAGCACGUGUCUGUGUUUGGACCAGGUCUGGGAGGCCGGAGCUGAAGACACUGCCCGUCUAAGACGUCACAUCCAAUGGCAGAGCACCAGGGAAAACAAAGUCACAGAAGCAAAACUCAAGCAGAAGCACAAAUAUAGUUUAAAACUGAAGAUGUAUGGAGUGACUGGAAGACAUAGAAGAAAA